CUUUUAGACCUCCGUGGCAGCACCAUGAAGACGUUCGUGCUGCUGGCGUUGUGCGGCGCUGCCUUCGCCUCUGGUGAUUACGAGUCCCACUGCGUGGAAGCGGCCGACCCAGGACCAGUGCAAGGCGCACAUUCCAGCAUGGUGGUUCAACGUGCAUUCGGGAAAGUGCGAGCAGUUCGUUUAUGGCGGUUGCGAAGGAAAUGAAAACAAGUACAGGAGUAAAGAAGAAUGCAGGAAGACCUGCGCCGAACUGUCAACAGUCCUUGAACGUGAACGCCGGGCGCAAGCUCGAGGAAUCGCAGCCACAUGUGAACCCAUUCGCCUGUUACGUGGCACCUGACCAAGGACCAUGCCGUGCGUCCAUCCCUCGCUAUUACUUCGACAACGACACACAAACGUGCCAGAGGUUCACCUACGGAGGCUGCGAGGGCAACGCGAACAACUACGAAACGGCGGAGCAGUGCAAGGCCAGCUGCAAACCUGAGACCGAGUACGAAGGCAAAUGUCUUGCCAGGCCCGAGAGGGGGCCGUGCCUGGCGUACAUGCCUUUGUGGGGCUACGAUGCCAAGCAGGGUCAGUGCGUGGAAUUCAUAUACGGCGGCUGUGACGGUAACGACAACAAGUACACCACUGAGGAAGAGUGCCUAAGCAGCUGCAAGAAAUCAACCCCAGCGUCUUUGAACGUGAACGCUGGGCGCAAGCUCGAGGAAUCGCAGCCACAUGUGAACCCAUUCGCCUGUUACAUGCCACCUGACCAUGGACCAUGCCGUGCAUCCAUCCCUCGCUAUUACUUCGACAAUGAAACACAAACGUGCCAGGAGUUCACCUACGGAGGCUGCCAGGGCAACGCCAACAACUACGAAACGGCGGAGCAGUGCAAGGCCAGCUGCAAACCCGAGACCGAGUACGAAGCCAAAUGUCUCGCCAGGCCCGAGAGGGGGCCGUGCCUGGCGUACAUUCCUAUGUGGGGCUACGAUGCCAACCUGGGUCAGUGCGUGGAAUUCAUAUACGGCGGCUGUGACGGUAACGACAACAAGUACCCCACUAAGGAAAAGUGCCUAAAAAGCUGCAAGAAAUCAACCCCAGCGUCUUUCAGCGUGAACGCCAGGCUCAAGCUCGAGGAAUCGCAACCACAUGUGAACCCAUUCGCCUGUUACGUGCCACCUGACCAAGGACCAUGCCGUGCGUCCAUCCCUCGCUAUUACUUCGACAACGACACACAAACGUGCAAGGAGUUCACCUACGGAGGCUGCGAGGGCAACCCCAACAACUACGAAACGGACGAGCAGUGCAAGGCCAGCUGCAAACCCGAGACCGAGUACGAAGCCAAAUGUCUCGCCAGGCCUGAGAGUGGGCCGUGCCUGGCGUACAUGCCUAUGUGGGCCUACGAUGCCAAGCUGGGUCAGUGCGUGAAAUUCAUAUACGGCGGCUGUGACGGUAACGACAACAAGUACCCCACUAAGGAAAAGUGCCUAAACAGCUGCAAGAAAUCAACCCCAGUGCCUCCGAAUCCCGUGUGCUCUCUUCCAAAAGAGUCCGGGAUGUGCCUCGCCUACUUCCCUCGCUACUACUACAACAGCGUAAGCAAGAAGUGCGAGCAGUUCAUCUACGGAGGAUGUCAAGGAAACGCCAACAACUUCUGGACCAUUAACGAGUGCCGCAAGACUUGCAAUCCGAAGAACCUUAACGCUGGUUUUUUGAACCUUGAAUCGGAACCAAAGCCCACAAACCCCGUGUGCUACGAGCCCAAGAAGGUGGGACCGUGCAAGGCCUACGUGCCUCGCUACUUCUACAACACGACCACCAAGUACUGCGAGCGCUUCGUCUACGGCGGCUGCCAAGGAAACGGCAACAACUUCCCCGAAGUGGAGGAGUGCCUGAAGACCUGCAAAGUCGGAUACGAGAACGUCACCGAGAGGCUUCUGAAACUGCGAGCUCCCCCCAAGAAUUCCACGUGCUACCUGCCAAAGGAGAAGGGACCCUGCUACGGCCACUUCCCCCGCUACUACUACAACUCGACGACCGGCACCUGCGAGCAGUUUAUUUACGGAGGAUGCAUGGGCAACGCCAACAACUUCGAAACGCUUCGCAAAUGCGAGAGAAAGUGCGCAAAUGUCACCCUCACUGAUGAACUCAUCAGGUCCAGACUUACCAGAAGAAUGCGUCUGCACAACCUCACAGACCAGUCCUGGCAGGAGGACACCAAGGAGACCAUUUCUCUAGAGGACCUCAUUCGUGCCCAGCCAAUACUCUCCAGGGAAGUCGUGGGAUGGAACCCGGUGUGCAACGAGACCAAGUUUCCCGGACCCUGCGCCGGCUACUUCCCUCGCUACUACUACGACAACGUGACCAAGACUUGCCAGAAGUUCAUCUACGGCGGAUGCCGGGGCAAUGGCAACAACUUCGUGACUCUCGAGGAGUGCCAGAACACGUGCUGGACAUCCCUGGAGCAGCACUCUGCGACGAUCAUUGGUGCCGUUGAAGUUCCGUUCUGGCCCUUGGCGCCACCUGAAGAGUGCACCUACUCGGUCGAUGCCGGACCCUGCGAUGCGUACAUGCCUCGCUUUUUCUACAACACACUGACCAAGACGUGCGAGCAGUUCAUCUACGGAGGCUGCGGAGGCAACGCGAACAACUUCCGCACCUUCGAUGCCUGUCAGAAGAAAUGCCUGAAGGUGUUUGGCGUCGUUCCCCGCGCCUAAGAAAUAAAUACCCAUUUUCAAUACAAUUC